AUUGUUGACAAAUUAGUUUCGAUGGCUCUAGUUUUUUCUUUCGUUACUACAUUGGAUUUGAAAAUAAUAUGGAAUUUAAUGUCAUUGACGUCUGGAAGACUAUUUAAUCAAACGUAGGGAUGGAUGACAUGCCAGAGAAUUCCUAUCAGAAAGUUUGGACAUCUUUAUUCUGUAAACAGAAUUAUCUUGAACAACUUCGAAGCUCAGCAGCCAAGGGAUCAUUGAAGAAUUCUCCUUUUAGAAGUGUGUGUUGGAAGAUUUUUUUGGAAUGCUUGCCAGAGGAUCGUAAUUUAUGGAUAGAUAGUACAAAAUUGAAGAGACAAUAUUAUGAAGAAAUUUUAGAUAAAUGUCGCACAAAUCCAAGGACAAGUAUUGACAGCAUGGAUGUAAAUGUGAAUAAUCCAUUGUCACAGUCUCAGCAGAGUCCAUGGAACCAGUACUUUCAAGAUAGUGAACUUAAAAUAACCAUACAGCAGGAUGUUGUACGAACUUUUCCAGAAAUAGAAUUUUUUCGUUCUCCAAAAAUUCAAAAAAUGAUGAUCAGCAUACUUUUUUCUUAUGCUCGAGAACAUCCACAUGCAUCUUACAAACAGGGAAUGCAUGAACUUCUUGCACCCAUCAUAUAUGUGCUUCAUUGCGAUCAACAGAUUUAUUUGCAUGCAUCAAAGUCACAAGAUUUAGAGCUAGAUAUUCAUAUUUUGUUGAACCAGAAUUAUAUGGAACAUGAUGCUUUCUUUUUGUUCUGCCACCUGAUGGAAGCAGUUAAAGACUGGUAUUCUCUGAAUGAAAGUCCAUAUUCAAAAUGUGCAACACAAAUUUCUGGAGAGCCUUUUUCACAGAGCAUCGUAUUUGAAGCCUCUAAUUCUUUAGCUAUAAAACUUAAGAGAAUAUAUGAACUCCUGAGGCAUCAUGAUGAAGAAUUAUUUAUGUUUUUAGAGCAGAUGGAAAUCAUACCUCAAAUAUAUGGAAUACGUUGGUUGAGGUUAUUGUUUGGUCGAGAGUUUGCUUUACAUGAUUUGCUAAUUGUGUGGGAUGCCAUUUUUGCUGAUAGCAUAACCUUUUGCCUUGUUGAUUAUAUAUUUGUUGCUAUGCUGAUCGCAAUUCGAGAUUCAGUUCUUCAAAGCGACUAUGCAUCAUGUUUAAGCUACCUGAUGCAUUAUCCCAAAGUAGAUGUACAUUAUAUAAUUAACUUGGCCUUGUUUUUAAGGAACCCCAAAGAUAAAAUUAAGCCUGAGAAAUUUUCAAACAAUCCUCUCCAUGUUAAAACUAAAAGUUCUCCAAAUAAAAAUCUUUCUAGAAGUAUGAACUUGAGGCAUUCUGCUGUUGUUAAUGCAUCUUGUCCCAUUUCCAAUAAACAUUUUGAAACUCGCCCCAAAACACUGAAUAUUGCAAGUAUCAGCAUACCAUCUCCUGCAGUCUCUGUGCUAGAAUCAGCUACAGUAGUAGAAGCAGAUAAUCAUUUAAAAUCAUCAUAUUUACACAAGCGAGAAUAUUUUUCUGUCUCUGAGAAUCAACUUGAAUGCCAUGAUUCUUCUAUUAGCCGACAUGAAGGGACAUUACAAACUAAUGAAAGGAAAAAUCAAUCUUUUCCAUUCACGAAUAUUCAGAAUGUUAUGGAAGAGGGAAGCCACAAAUGCAAUGCGUCUGUAUUUAGUCAAGUACUUCGUCAUCCUGAUGAUAAGAAAAAUGUGUCAUCUGUUAGUGAUUAUCGAGAAAUGGUUCCUAUUUUCCCUGUAUCACGGAUACCAGUGAGUAUACCAUCUAAAGAAUGUUUUGCCAAGAGAGAUUAUAAGCCAUUAUUAGAGAUCAACUCAGCUGAAGAAGUGAAAAUGUUAAAGACAGAACUUUCAGAACUAAAGUUUAUGAACGAAAUCUGUGUACAACAAAUGACACAGCAUUUAGAAAAGUUACAGGAGAGCAUGGUAAAUCAGUCUUUACAACAUGAAGAUGAAAUCCUUUUAGCCAUUGCUGGAUUGAAAAGAGUUCGAGAUAUACUUAGAGGAACUGUGAAUUUUGAAGAACUAGUUGCUGAUAAUGAUAGUAAUCCAUAUUGUGCUUUGUCAAAUAUGCACAAUCUGUCAAGUGAAUUAAUAGUUUGCAACCAAGUAAAAGUUAAAAAUUUAGAUUUUGUUCCAUGUCGAAAGUGGAAUAAAGGUAUUUCUGAUGUCACUUCAGUGUCAAGUGAAAAUGAACAAAUAAGAACAGAUCUUGAGAAAACAGACUGAGCUGGAUUAUAUUUCACCUUUGGUAUCAGAACUUUUAUACUGUUUCCUUGGUUUCUUUUUGGCAUGAAUGAAUAGAAGGCAUUAACUCAAAGUUCAGCUGAAAAAUUGCUUUCGGAUCAUUGCAACAAUUUUCUUAUACCACGAAACUAAAGAUUAUAUAAGUUUCAUACAUUUUAUUUGAAUGUAUUUUGCUUGUUCUGUAGGUAGUUUUAAUUGGUUUCUGGUAAUGUGUUUCCUGUACAGAGAAAUAAUUUUUUACAGUGAUGUUGUUCUAAAAAAAGGGAAAAAAAUACUUUGUUAUAAAAGUAAAAGCAUAUGCAUGUAGUAAAUGCUUAGAAUACUAGUUAACUUUUCAUUAAAAAUGAAGAGGAGUAAAAUAAAUUGUUUUGUUUUGUUUAAAAGUGUUUGUUAACAACAUCUGUAAUUUAUCUUAAAUGUAGUGAAGUAUAUGAGAAUUCAAAGUAUCUAGUAAUUUCUGAGAUUUAUGAAUAUGUUUCCAUUGCCCACAAAGGAGUUUUAACUUAGAAACUGAUUGCCAUGCUUGGGAAUCUCAAGUAAUUAAAUUCACUCUCUGUAAGUUUGAAAACUUAAAAUCCUUUACAGGAAACUUUUUAGAUCAUUUUAAAUGAGCUUAGCAAUCAAGAUGUGAAAAUCAUGGUAUAUUAUUGCAGUUAAAUUACCAGACUAAGAGCUUUAAAUCUAAUCGCCCAUGGAAGGAAUUUCAUAGUGUGGGUGGGGGGAGGUAAUGUGAUCAGCCUGAGUCCACUUGCUUCUUCUGUGCUGUUAAAGAAUUAUAUAAAUCUAAAUAAAUAUAUGGGUAUUUUUGGGGUUUGGGGAAGGGUGAUGAUCGUUUAGCAAUGGUGAAAGGUGUGCAUGGGCAAAAAAGGUUGAAAACCAUUGGUGUAGAUUGAAAGAUUUAGCUUACUAUCAAUUUAAUUCUUGCUAUUCAAAUUUCCAGAAAUGAUGUAACAAUAAGAUACCAGAGUUAUUUAAGUUGGUAUAAAUUUCUUUGUUAAAAACAGCCAAUUUUUUAAAGAAAAUUAAAUGUAUAUUUUUAUUUAAGAAAGUCUUUCGUUUAAUAAUUUUUACAUGAUGUGAAUUUAAAAUUACUUGUGUAUUGCUGUAAGGAUUUAUCAAAUAAAGAGUAUUUUAUAAAAA